AUGUCUUUAUCAACUGAAUCUUCUUCCACUCUUCCUUUCAAUCAUAACCAUGUGAGCCUCAACACAUCGAUGAAAACCAUUCACAUUCAUGAGUGGCCUUCUGGUUAUCCAUGGAAAGCUCUAAAAUCCAAGAAAUCACAUCUAUCGGAACAAGAUUAUCAACUCGGAGCGGAGGUGAGACGUCAACUCUUGCAUGAUCUCUAUCAUCGGGAAAUCAAUGGAUUGAAACAUGAUCCGUACUUUCAUUUCUUUUAUGAACCCGAGUUGAUUAUUCGAACAAGUUCGGAAUCGGUUCGGAAUCAACUCAAAUUGCAUUUGGAUGAAUCGAACAUUGGUUAUGUGGAAUAUAAUUAUCCAACUCCAGAAUCCAAAUAUAUCGAUGUGGUGGCUCAUACGGAGGUGAUGGAUCUUCUCGAUUCUCGAAUUUAUUGUUGUGGAGAGAAUAAGGAUGGAAUUGUGUUGCGAAAUUUAAGUUUAUUUCUUCAAAUUUUUCACUGUCAUAGUGUGGCAGCGAUUGAAAUGAACCGACAAGAUCAUUUUCAUUAUAUGGAGAGAGUCGUUCAUACCAUGUUUAAUCCAUUUGCCUAUACUAGAGAUGAAGAAGGAAGAAAAUUGGCGAAAAUGGCAAUUUUCAAAUCGGGACUGGAAGGAGUGGAAGAUGCGUUGAAUAAUUUUGAUCCAUGGAAUUUGGGUGAUUAG